AUGGUUGCCACUUUGCCCGGCCAAAUAAAUUGGAAAUCAAUGUCCGAUGAGGAGGAUCUGAAGCCUUUUCGAUCGUCAACGAUUCUUUUGACCUUGCAUAAGUUCACGAUGGAUCAGGCAGUUCCCAAAAUCACUCGCGAAGGUAAUUCAAGGGAGGGGUUCUUUCAAAGUAUCGAAUACAAGGGAUGGCGCAUCAUCAGCAAAAAGGCAGCCAUAUGCAAUUCAGCCGAAAUGGACAGCAUUCAAACCGACAUUGGUAUCCCUCCGCCCGAAAUGGUGUUUGGAAAUAGCGAAGUUUUGUUGAAAAAUGAAGAUUUUGAGCUUUCCUUCAAGGCGUAUGACGCCUUGCGUAUGGUUGAUACCAGUUCCAACAGCAGUGAACACAUCAAGGUGGCCUAUGCGGACGACUGGAGUCGCAAAAGUGCUGCGAACCAUACGGAUGUGAAGGACGUGAUUAAGCCAUACGACUGGACUUAUUCUACCGAGUAUCAAGGCACAUGCGCUGCGUCAUUCACAGCAGCGGAAGAACCGAAAAUUGAUAUUGAGCGUCUUAAAAAGCCCGAACCCAUUCUUUUCUACGAUGAGAAUAUCCUGUACGAAGAUGAAUUGGCCGACAAUGGCACCGCCAUGCUUUCUAUUCGAUUGCGUGUCAUGCCGUCCUGCUUCCUUGUGCUGCAACGUUUCUUUCUGAGAGUCGAUGACGUGUUGUUUCGCAUCAACGAUACACGCAUUUACCAUGAAUUUGGCACCUCGUAUGUGGUACGAGAAUAUACAUCUAAAGAAGCCCCGUAUCAAUAUAUCAGAAAGAUCAUGGGCCAUGGCGAUGUUUCGCUACUGAAUGAUGCCAAUUGGAUCGGGUCAAAAUUACCUGAACCGCCCCAAACUUUCGUCCGAGAACAUGUGCGCUUGAAACGUUAA